CAUGGAGUUUAUAACCCCAUCAAAAAAGAAGAUUGAGAUAUCAACAGUUGCUAGUAAUUGAAAUGAACCCAAGUGAUGCAGGUAUUCAUGAUCGUGUUGUCAUUAUGGGGUUACUGAAAGAAGUAGCUCAAUCACACUCACUGGACACUAGCCAUAAAGACUUUAAAGUUGUGGUACUGACUGAAGUUGAUAGACUCACUAAAGAUGCACAGCAUGCAUUGAGACGAACAAUGGAACUAUACACAGGAACAUGUCGUCUUAUACUAGUCUGUAACUCAACCAGUAAACUAAUACCAGCCAUCAAGAGCAGGUGUUUGGCUGUUAGGGUUCCCGCUCCAACCAUAGAUGAGGUGAGGAAUACAUUAUGUAAUGAAUAAGUGUAGAUUAUACAC